AUGUCGCGCCAACGCAGGCCUCAGCUCUUGAUCGGGGAGCACAAGUUCUUCCAGAGCACAGUUGCUAAUUGCAAGGCCACCUGGCGCUGCACCCGGCAGCAGCGAGGGUGCCGCGCCCGCGUCAUGACUAUAGAUAAACCUGCACCAUUCUUUGGAAUCUCGCGCCAGGGCAGGCCCCAGAUAUGGAUCGGUGAGUACAGGUUCAACAAGAGGGAAACCGUUGGCUCCAAGGUCAUCUGGCGCUGCACUCGUCAGCCGCGCUGCUGCCGCGCCAUCAUCAUCACGAUAGACGAACGCAUCGUACGCCAAGACAACAACCACAAUCAU